AGUGAGCAGUGUAUUAUCUGGGGAGGGAGCAGUCUGUACAGUCACCCAGUACACCAUCAUUUCUUCACUUAGAGAACAGAACAGAAUUUCACAAGAACUCUACAAUGUCAAACACUGCUGCACCUCCAGUUUAUGGGAAUACCUCCCCUCUGCCAUCAGGAAUGAGGACCCUGACAUCCUUUCCAGAUUAUCUUAUGAUAUUUGAAUUUGUGUUCGGUGGCUUAGUGUGGAUUCUGAUAGCUGCCACAACAUUGCCUGCAACAGGACUACUGCAAGGAUGGGUUAUGUUUGUUUCCAUUGGAUGUUUUCUGUUUACAUCUAUUCUCAUAAUAUUGUACUGCAUAGGAGCCCAUGGAGGUAAUUCUUCAUGGACAUCACUGGAUGCAUUUUAUCACUGUGUUGCUGCUCUGUUCUACCUUAGUGCGUCUGUGCUACAAGCCUAUUUUACAAUAGCCAUACGGGGUGCGGGAUCAAUUUACCAAGAGAAUGUUGCUGCUGUGGUGUUUGCCUAUCUUGCAACAUUGUCAUAUACCAUCCAUGCUGUUUUCUCACUAAAGAGAUGGAAGGCCUCAUCAUAAUUGUACAUUCCUUUUGGAGCAAGGAACAGAUGCAGUGUGAACAAUGUUUUAGCUACUCUACGAGAGAACAUCUUGUGUGGGAACAUAUAUUA